UCACUGCAUGUUGUACCUGCAUAACUAUAUGCAUGUGACAAAUAAAGAAUCUUGACUUGUCUGACUCAUUUCACUACUGGAAUGAUAGAGGGGUUUUAAGACUUUAGAAGUCAAUUUACCUAUUUUAAACCCAUGUUUUAGGACUCAGAAGGGAAACCAGAGUACCCGGCUGAAACCAGUGCAAAUGUAGUGAUACAAAAUGCAACAGCCAGAGUUCAUUCAAAAACUAGCAGAUAUGAUCGUAUCAGCCCUGUUCUACGCUCCCUUUGUUGGCUUCCAGGUAAGUCUCAGAUUGAUUACAAGAUCCUGCUAUUAACUUUAAAGUACUGUAUGGCCAUGCAUCAGAAUGUCUUACAGAUUUGCUAGUCUCAUACAGCCCUCCUUGCCUGCUUCCAACUCAAGGAGCGUGAUAUCAGUACUUAGAGUAGGAAGAACUACGGCAGGCUGCAGAACAUUCUCUUAUAGAGCUCCACAGCUGUGGAAUAGUCUCCUACAGAAGUGCAAGAUGUAAAGCACUUUCAGACAAUGUAAUGUUGUGAAAAUUGAAUCAAACUUAAUAGUGAUAACAAACUUUAGCAGAGCUGGGGGGCAGCUGUCAAACCCCAGCCUUGGACAUGUGAGGCCACCCUGUUACUUUGUCCACUGCAUAAACACAGCGAAGAUAUAAGUAAACCAACUGAUAUUCCUGUGAAGAUUCUCAGACAUCCAGGUGAAUCUGUCUGGUGGUUCAGUCAUGGCAACUGGACUUCUGUCUUGUUAGGUAGAAACGUUUCACUGCUCAUCCAAGCAGCUUCUUCAGUCUGAGGAAGGUUGUUAGUGAUCACAAAUUUAUCCUCCAGGAUAGUUUCAUUUCACACCAGUGGCCUUUACUACCAAGCAGGGUUAUUGGCUUAUCAGGGUAACUUGUCGGAUUUAAGGUACCACAGUUUAAAUGGACUUCAUAUUCGUUCACUUACAUUUUGCCCAGACUACCUUAAAUCCGACAAGUUACCCUGAUAAGCCAGUAACCCCGCUUAGUAGUACAGGCCCUUCCUCUGAUUAGGCUCGCUGAGUGGAACAAAAGGGAGGGGGGAAGGUGUGGGUAGAUGUAACAGUCAAAGUUAACUGUCGUUAUGAGUGGUCCACCUGGUGGGGUUGUGAAUUUGGUGUGAUUUCCUCCACCUCUGUUGAGUGCGGGGUUGUUGAUUUGCACGUGCAAAGCUUCCCUCACCUCUCUCUCAAACCACUUGUCUUCUCUAUCCAGUAUCUGUGCGUUAAUGUUUUUUCCAAGACAUACUGUCUGGGGUCUGUCUGUGAUGGGUGUGAGUGCUAUGGGGCGUUAGUGAUUCAGUGAUGAUGUUGGUGAUUUUUUUGGCAGUGGAAUAAUGGUAGUAGCACUGAAGCACGGAGGAACAAUGGCUUGUCUCAGAGAAAUGUUGUAGAUAUCUGUGAGAACAUCUGUGAGUUGGUCAGCGCAGUGCCUGAGUACACACCCUGGUAUGCUGUCGGGACCCGCAGCUUUUGGUGGGUUAACCCUGCGCAGGGUUCUCCGAACAUCACUGUGGUCGAGACAAAGUAUUUCAUCAUCCAUGACAUAUUUAAUUCUUCUGUGUGUUAAUUAUAAUCUCUGUUACGCGUGCGGCCAGGCUGAAUAUAAAAUCGGUGAUGAGUGCUGUCCUAUGUGUCACCCUGGAACUCGUGUCUACAGACAUUGUACAGCAUGGACCAGCACUUCAUGUGCUCCAUGUACAGAUUCCACAUUCAAUGACCAGCCCAGUGGUCGUGAACAGUGCAGCCCCUGUACAGUCUGUGAUGAAGACCUUGGUCUGAAAACAGUGAAGGAAUGUACACACUAUUCAGACACACAGUGUGGGGUCCUGGAAGGGCACUAUUGUAUUAAUCCUUAUAUGGGAGGGUGCAGGGCAGCCAAUAAACACACAGCCUGCAAACCUGGACAGUUCAUCAAACAGCCAGGAACAGAAUACACUGAUACAGUAUGUGAGGACUGCAGUGAUAAUUCAUACUCUGAUGGUUCUUCCAUGCCCUGCAAACCACACACAGACUGUGAAUCCAGAGGACUUCUCACAGUUAAAGCAGGAGACCAAGCAACUGAUUCCGAAUGCAAAGAGAAAAGUGACAUCGGAUUGUCAGUCGGAAUACCAGCAGCAGCAGCAAUAGCAGCAAUAGCAGUAAUAGCAGUAAAAUGCAGAAGAAGAAUAAAACCAUAUACAAGGUACGAAUAUUACAUACAUAAAUACACGAGGGUUUAUAAAAUUGUUUUUAUUGGGAAUGAACAAAAAAAGUUAAUUGUCAUUUUAAAAACUAAAGUUGGCAGUAAUCUGAAAUACUAAAUACACAAAGAAGAGAACUUGAAUGACACCAAGCUGUACUGUGAUCAUUUUUUUAAAUUAAUAUAUAUUUUUUAGGAAUCCACGAGCAGAAUGAGGUGUGUUAAAUUCCUAUUUUUUGUAUGUAUUUUUUUUCAGAAAAAUUCAUAUAAUACAUUCAACCAGCAUUUAAUAAGACCAGACUAUAUUAAUAUUAAUUACAUUCAACAUUUUGACAGGAUCAGCACUCAGAAUGUGAAGAUAUGGUACCAAACUCACCAGAAGUAUAAGAUGACUAUGUGAAAUAAACCCACAGAGGAGCCGCCUGAUACUUCUGACUGUUUCCCCUCCCCCUUCUCAGUAUUGACUUCUUCAAUAACUGCACAGUGGUUAAAUAAUCCUUGAUUUUUCUCCAGAGUAAUGUAGCAUAUACAUCCCCUCCUGGUUUUCAGGCAGUGCCAGUCAACUCAUCAGGCAACACAGGCAGCUGCCUAGGGCGCCUUCUUCUGAGGGGGUGCCGACUUAGCAACUGCAGGUCUUUGUCGAAGGUCCUGCUUACCUGACCUUUGACUCUUGGCUAAUUGCACUGUUACUUUCCAUAUUUGCCCUGGCUGGCACCUUAUUGCUCACUGCUUCCUGAUUGGCUCCUACUCUGCUUUCUCAACAUUGGCAACAGAAGUUCUGGUAACACAAAGAAGUCAGCUGAAGGGGAAAGGAACUUCUUAUGGACAUAAGUCCAGACACCUAGUGGUCUGUUAGAGGUCCUUCAUGGUCUGUAUCUGUGUGACACUGACAAACGGACAUUUUGCUAGCUGUUCAGGGGUUUGUACUGGAUGACCACAGAAAGGCUCUUCAAAUCAGAGACAGCAUUAAAAUCCCCAGCCUUAAGGACUGAGUGCUGCUCUCGGUACUGACUGGUCUUGUGUUUGUAUUAUAAUAAUUUUAGGUAAAAUUUUCUGUGACUUUAUCCAUAAAUGUAACCAUACAUUAAUGCCAUAUAAACUUAUGUACCCUGUAUAAUGUAGAAACUGUAUUUUUAUAUAAUAUGAAUCUUUCUACAGGUGAGUUUUCCUGAUUGUGUUUUGAUAACAGUCUAUAGAUUACCAGUAAUGUUAUAUGUUGCUGUCCUCACAAGUAUGGAGAGAUGGAUUCAAAUCUUGACUUCAUAUUAUGCAACUUACAAGUUCUGAUCGAAGUGAUGUUUACAGCAAUUAAAUAUUGCUUGACAUCAGAUGGGUCUGUGAAUUAUUAUACAUUUUUUUGUGAUCUUGACCUCUUUCCCAAAAUGCAUGUCAUACCCUGCAUCCCUGUUUCCAGUGAGUGCUUAAUUAGGCUGGAUUAAUCUUAGGUUGAUAUUCAAAUGUAAUUUGUCGUAUAAUUUAUUCUUUGAGAUUUUGAGCAGAGUGAGACAAUAGUGGAAAAAUAAU